AUGAUACAAAUCCUAGUUGAAAAUGAGAAGGAGCAGCUUCAAUGCCCCUUGCUCGACAGCACACCCUUUCACUCACAGAGGUCGGAUGUUCCUAUUUCGCUACUAAGUACCGCUCUGACCCUAAGAGCCCGGGAGUCCCAGAACCCGGACAAGUCAAAUAUAUUUGAAGAUUAUGCUUCUCCCACCACAGCAGCCCAGACUCUCUUGUAUACUGCUGCAAAGAAAAGAAAAGAGGUGUUGCCCAAAAUGAUGGCAUUUUGUUAUCAAAUCCUAACAGACCCAAACUUUGACCCAAGGAAGAAAGAUGGCGCCCUGCAUGUGAUUGGUUCCCUGGCUGAUAUUUUAUUGAAGAAGAGUUUAUUCAAGGACCAAAUGGAGUUGUUGCUGCAGAAUCACGUAUUUCCAUUACUAUUGUCUAACCUGGGAUAUCUUCGAGCUAGAUCCUGUUGGGUACUUCAUGCAUUCAGUUCUUUGAAGUUUCAUAAUGAGCUCAAUCUAAGAAAUGCAGUUGAACUGGCGAAGAAGAGCCUGAUUGAAGAUAAGGAGAUGCCUGUCAAAGUUGAAGCUGCCCUUGCUCUCCAGUCAUUAAUUUCUAACCAGACACAAGCUAAGGAAUAUAUGAAGCCACAUGUAAGGCCUAUCAUGCAGGAGCUGUUGCACAUUGUUAGAGAGACAGAAAAUGAUGAUGUUACUAACGUUAUCCAGAAGAUGAUAUGUGAAUAUAGUCAAGAGGUAGCCUCAAUUGCUGUUGAUAUGACACAACAUUUGGCUGAGAUAUUUGGCAAAGUUCUUCAGAGUGAUGAAUAUGAAGAAAUUGAAGACAAAACAGUAAUGGCUAUGGGAAUUUUACAUACUAUUGAUACUAUCUUGACAGUUGUAGAAGAUCAUAAAGAGGUUACUCAGCAGUUAGAGAAUAUCUGUCUACGGAUCAUUGAUCUUGUUUUACAGAAACAUGUAAUUGAAUUCUAUGAAGAAAUUCUCUCACUGGCAUAUAGUUUAACCUGCCAUGGUAUUUCCCCUCAAAUGUGGCAGCUGCUGGGUAUAUUAUAUGAGGUUUUUCAGCAGGAUUGUUUUGAAUACUUUACAGAUAUGAUGCCUCUCCUGCAUAAUUAUGUGACGAUAGAUACAGAUACUUUAUUAUCUAAUCCAAAGCAUUUAGAAAUACUUUUUACAAUGUGUAGGAAGGUACUAUGUGGAGAUGCAGGAGAAGAUGCGGAGUGUCAUGCAGCCAAACUCCUUGAAGUCAUCAUCCUUCAGUGCAAAGGAAAGGGAAUCGAUCAGUGCAUUCCACUCUUUGUUCAGCUUGUUUUGGAGAGAUUAACCCGAGGAGUCAAAACUAGUGAGCUCCGUACCAUGUGUCUUCAGGUUGCAAUUGCUGCCUUGUACUACAACCCUGAUUUGCUGCUCCAUACUUUAGAACAAAUUCAGUUGCCUCACAACCCUGGACCUAUAACUGUACAGUUUAUAAAUCAGUGGAUGAAUGAUACAGAUUGUUUUCUUGGGCAUCAUGACCGGAAAAUGUGUAUAAUAGGACUGAGUAUCCUUUUGGAACUGCAAAAUCGACCUCCUGCGGUUGAUGCUGUAGUGGGACAGAUCGUGCCCUCAAUUCUCUUCCUUUUCCUUGGCCUGAAGCAGGUCUGUGCUACCAGACAACUGGUAAACCGUGAAGAUCGCUCAAAAGCAGAGAAGGCAGAUAUGGAAGAAAACGAGGAGAUUUCAAGUGAUGAAGAGGAGACAAACGUAACCGCUCAAGCCAUGCAGUCAAAUAACGGAAGAGGUGAAGAGGAGGAAGAGGAGGAGGAGGACUGGGACGAAGAAGUAUUGGAAGAAACUGCCCUGGAGGGCUUCAGCACUCCACUUGACCUUGACAACAGUGUGGAUGAAUAUCAAUUUUUUACACAAGCUCUGCUAACGGUGCAGACCCGGGACGCUGCCUGGUACCAGCGGCUCACGGCCCCGCUCAGCGAGGACCAGAGGAGAGCGCUGCAGGAGGUGUAUACCCUGGCCGAGCACCGGAGGACAGUCGCAGAGGCAAAGAAGAAGAUUGAACAACAGGGAGGCUUCACGUUUGAAAACAAAGGAGUCCUCUCCGCAUUUAACUUUGGGACUGUGCCCAGCAACAACUGAAAGAGGGAACGUCAGCCUAUCAGGGGACUGGGAAGCUCAAGGGGGAGAAGAGUGGGCUGCUCUUCGGCCCCCUCCUGCUGUGCCAGUUCGCUCUGGCUUCAGGCAGCACUUCUAUCCACUCCCUCUUCCCCUUUGACCUUUCUCCCCCACGAAAUAUAUAUUCCACGCAGCUACUGUAAUUAUGAAAUUCAAGGAAAACAAAAUCAGUGGACUGAAAAGGACAAAUCAUAUUCUCCAAAGGAUGAAUGACCAAGGUGGUUUUAGAGGAUUGAAUUGAAUUGCACGUCUCAGGUUUUUGCCUUGCAGAAUCAAUGGAUUUAUGCGGAUAACAGUGCCUUCUGUUGUACAUGAAUUAUCUGAAAAUUUUUUUGGAGUGCAUUGCAAUUUUUUUUAAAGCAUAAAACAUAUUUCUAGAUAUAAUGUAAACCUUGGCUAUAUGUUGACUUAUUCUGCAUUUUACUAUGUGAAUUUACUGUUAGGCAGUUAGCUACAAGUCACUCUGGUUUCAAAAACAUCACUGCUCCCCUUGCUCACCCUGCUGCUGGGGGCUGUCUUCAGGGGUUGUAAAAUAUGCACUGGCUCUGGUUUUUCGUCAGAUGUUUUGUGGCUUUCCUAAUAAGUGUCUUAUUCUCUCUUCCAUCAUAUUUUUGAGCCCUGAAAGAGGUGGUAUUUCUUUUGGAGUCAGCAAAUAGGAGUAUAAAUUUCAUUUAUAACCUGGUAAGUUCCAGACUCAAAAGUUUCUUGACAGCAAGUGGCAGGAGCUCUUUAGUCACUGGAAUUAACAAUAAGAGACCAAGAGUAUAUUCUGAAUCAUGUAUACUUAAUUAUGUAAUGAAUUGAUAAUUAUACUAAAGCACAUUGAACUCUUAUGAGGAGGGUGCUAUAUAAGCAUGUGGUCUUUCUGGAUGGGGGCUUGCAUUUUCAACAACAUAUCAUUCCAGCUAUGUUGGACCUGGGUCCAAAACAUUUUCUAACAAAAUUUUUUAUCUAGGAUAAGGACCCAAAUGAAUUUAACUUCUAUUUCUCACACAUCUGAAUUUCCCCCUACCUAAUUCAUUCUAGCCUUUAUUAUAGCUAAGUUCAGCUUGUUAUAUUUUUCACAGGUUGGGAUGUUGGUCAGCUGCACUCUUAGAUGGUAAUGAUACCUAUAGGAAAUAUUGCAGAUGGAGGUUAUGGCUCUCUUUCUGAACAAAUUCAAGACUAAAACAUGGAUCAUAGUGUUUUCAUACAGUAAAGUGAAAGUGUAUUUUCAAAACCUAAUGUAUUACUGGAUGUGAUACAGUUUUCCAUUUUUGUGAAAUGUCUGCAGCUUAUAUUUCCCCUUAGUGACUGGAGGAAUUUUCUCCAGGUGCUUCCUAUAUUACCAUCCCUUGUUAAUAUUAACUCUUUUUAGAAGUUUAGGUUAUUUAAAUAGUUUUUACAGAAGUAGCCUAAGAAGCCAUGAAUUUCAGAGUUAAAUGAUCCCUCACUUUCCUCUGUCCCUCUUCCCAAGGCAUUGAUGUUGAAUGUGCCAGCUGGCAGAAGAGAAAGAUGGCACUGGGGGACAUUUUAGUUAUCUUAAGCUUUGAAACUCUUCUUAUUCUCCCCAUGUCCAAAAUGGUUUAUUUUAACAUAAAUAUAUGCCUUCACACUGGAUUGUAAAAGGCAUGUGAUUUUAUUUUUGUGAGGUAUUGUCUUCUGCAGUAUUAAAGGGAAAGAGAUGUUAAUGUGUAUCAUCCUAUCUUGUUUUUGAAGCCAGGGUAGUUGUAUAAUUUUGUUACCAGCAGUGCUAACCUGAAUGUGAUCUGGUUACCUUGGAAAUGCAGGAACUUAUAUGAAUGUACUGUAAAAUAAAACACGGACUGAUUCCCAGGAUUCUGAA